AUGAAUCUAUCAAAAAAUUUUGAAAAUAAUAAUAUUAAUCUACAAAUGGAUGUUCAAAAUCUCGUUGGUAGUAGUGGAGAUACAAAUAAUAAUAUUUCAAAUCAACAACAUUCUACUAAAUUAUCUUAUGAAGGAAAUUAUCAAGUUAAUAUAUCAUCAACUAAUUUUGAACUUGAAACAAUAACAUCAUCAUAUACAGGUCUUAUGCGUAUUUAUCGUUUAUUAUAUAUAGCUGAUCAUUGUUUAUCAUUACGUACUGAAGCACUUUUAAUAAGUCUUAAAUAUAUUCAAGAAACACAUUUUAUUUCACUUUAUAAACAAAUAGUUGAUGAAUUAAAAAAACAAAAUAUACCAUUACCAAAUGAUUUUGAUUCAACAUGGUAUGAAAAAACUCAACGUAAUUAUACAAAUAAAUUAGAAAAACUUGAUAAUGAUUUACGAAAUUUUCGUACAAAUUCAAUAAAAGAUUCAAUACGUCGUGGUCAUGAUGAUCUUGGUGAUCAUUAUUUAGAUGCCGGUGAUUUUUUUAAUGCUGUACGUUGUUAUGUACGUUCAAGAGAUUAUUGUGUUACACCAAGACAUAUGAUAACAAUGUGUAUGAAUGUUAUAAAAGCAUCAUUUUAUAUGCAAAAUUGGUCAAAUGUUUUAUCUUAUGUUAGUAAAGCUGAACAAGCUAUUGAAAGUCUUGAAACAACAACAAAAUCAACAACAACACCAUCAACUAUAUCAUCAAUGAUUAAUCCAAUGGAUGUAACAACAACAAAUAAUAUAAUUACAUCUGAUGCAAUUUUAGCUUCACGUUUAAAAGUUUAUGCUGGUAUUGCAGAAUUAGCAACAAAAAGAUAUAAAUUAGCUGCACGACAUUUUCUUGGUGUUUCAUUUGAUCAUUGUUCAAAUUAUUUUCAGGAUCUUAUUUCACCUCAAACUCUUAUUCAAUAUGUUUGUCUAUGCAGUUUAGCAACAUUUGAACGAUUCGAAUUACAUCGUUUAAUUUUAAUGUCACCAAAUAUGAAACAAUAUCUCGAAUUAGAACCUUCAAUACGUGAUAUUCUUCAUAAAUUUUAUGAAACAUCUUAUCCAUCAUGUAUUGCAUUAAUGUCUCAAUAUGAACCUAUAUUUGCAUUAGAUCAAUAUUUAGCACCACAUUUAUGUACAUUAUAUUAUGAAAUACGUCAUCGAAUAAUAAUAACAUAUUUUUUACCAUAUAAAAAUGCAUGUAUGAAUACAAUGGCACAUCAAUUAAAUACAACAAUAGAUUUACUUGAAGAUGAACUUGUUCAUUUAAUUCGUUCAGGAAAAAUAAAAGCACGUAUUGAUUCAAAAAAUAAAAUUUUAUAUGUUGCUGAUACAGAUCAACGUUGGUAUGCAUAUCAACAUGCAUUAACAAUAACAAAACAAUCAGAAAAAAUAACUCGUGCUCUUUUACUUCGUUCAGCUAUAAUUAAAGCAAAUUUGUCUGUUAAAGAUGAUUCAAUUCCACAAUCAAAUCGUUCAUUGAACAAUAAUAAUAAUAAUAAUAAUAAUAAUAUAAAUAUUUCACGUCGACAAUUUGUUCCUAAUAUGAUGGGAAAUAUGAUGAUGGAUGAAGAAGAUUUAUCCGAUGAUGGUACAAUGAAUUAA